AUGACAGAUUGUACCGACAAGAGCUGGCUGGGAACCAGCUACACCGGAGUUCCUAUGAUGGAUUCAUCUAUUUCAAAGGAGGUUAACGUGUUGCCGAGUGACCUACCAGUCAAGCCUGUCGGACGGAAACGCAUUGGUCAAGAGGAGUCGGCAGUUGCUGACGUGAUGACGAGGUCUAGCUUGCAGUAUCCCAACAUGUUGGGCGCAUUCAGGUCAAAUGAAUCUAUCCACGCACAGUUAGAGCCAGGAUAUUCGAGUCCCAUUACUGAAGUAAACCUCGAAAGUAUAGUGUUUCUUAUAUGGUCACAUCAUUACAUGUAG